AUGGCGAUUGCCACCAUCAUUGCAGGCAACACUUCCAGACAUCCGGAGUUCGAGGAUACUCUCACUGUAUGGAUGUUCGAAGAAGAGGUUCAGCACAAGGGCGUGAAGAGAAAGCUGUCGGAGGUCUUCAACGAGACCAAGGAGAACGUGAAGUACCUGCCUGGCAUCACAUUGCCAGAGCAUGUGAAGGCCGAACCCGACCUCAAAAAGGCAGUGAUGUACGCAGAUGUCCUGAUUUGGGUCUUGCCCCAUCAGUUCGUAGCGCGAACCGUGUCGAACAUGGGGAAGAUUAAGGACAGCUGCGUUUCGGUGAGUCUGAUCAAGGGUGGUUUGGAGUUGGAGGGCGGCAAGCUGGGCUUGUGCUCCGACCUGCUGCGAAAGCUCCUGGGUCAUGAGGUUGGAGUGCUCAUGGGCGCCAACGUGGCCAACGAAGUGGCUGCUGGGGAGUUCUGCGAAGCGACCUUGGGUAUUCAGGACAAGAAGCACAUGCAAAUGCUCGUGAAGUUGUUUGAUUGCCGCACCUUCCGCGUCACCGCUGUGGAUGACAUCCCAGGAGACGAGUUUGAAAAAUCGCUGCGAGGCUUCUGCGACGGCCUGGACUAUGGAGGCAACACCAAGGCGGCCUUGAUCCGCAUCGGUCUGCAGGAGCUGACGCGGAGCGGGUUGGCCGAUGGCUGGAUGAGUUGGAUGAUGGCCCAAUUUUAG